ACGACAUGAGACGUGUGCCGAAUUACGGCAGCAACAUGGCUGCCUCCAGGACAGAAGUCGAAGUUUUGUCGUCUGCGUCCGUCUUUAAGUUUGUUUUUAAUACAUAGAUAUGUAAUGAGUGCAGUUUAAAAUGAUCUCACAGUUUGUCAUCCUAUCUCAGCACGGGGACAUCUUACUGUUCAAGGACUACAGAGGUGAUGUAGGGAAGGAGUCCCCGGAGCUGUUCCUGCAGAAAAUAAGGGACUUAUCAGGUGGACUGGCACCUCCGACAUUUCAUCAUGAUGGCAUCCACUACAUCCACGUCAAACACAGCAGCCUGUGCUUCAUGGCCACCACCAGGAGUAACGUCUCACCGUUCAUGGUUAUUGAACUCAUCAAUAGAGUGGCAAGCCUGUGUAAGGAUUAUUGUGGAGUCCUGUCAGAGGAGGCCAUCAGACUUAACUUCCCACUGGUGUAUGAGAUACUAGAUGAAGUCAUUGACUUUGGCUACCCGCAAGGCACAUCCACAGACAUGCUGAAGGCAUACAUGGAGAACAGUCCUGUACUGGUGAGGGAGGGCACCACGCCAGGCUUGUUUGGUGCUGAGAGAAGAAUGGUUCCUUCCACUGCAGCCAACAAGUCUAUCAUGGGAACGGCCGUCAGUCAGGGGAGGAAGAAUGAGAUAUUUGUGGAUGUGUUGGAGAGACUGACCGUCCUGAUCAGUACCAGUGGAAGUGUGCUGCGUGCAGACAUUGAUGGCAUCAUACAGAUGAAAAGCUUCCUGGUUGGCAUUCCAGAAAUCAAGAUGGGACUAAGUGAAGAUCUGACGGUGGGGAAAGAAGACAAAAGGGGUUAUCACAGCCAUGCUCACGUCGAUGAGUGUAGCUUUCACGAGAGCGUGGACUUGUCUGAGUUUGGACAGAGCAGGGUGCUGACUAUCCACCCGCCGCAGGGAGAGUUUCCGUUGAUGAAGUACCAGGCAUCAGGAGAUCUGCCUUCCCUGCUGCCCUUCAGACUCUUCCCAACAGUCAACGACCAGGACAGCUCAAGGGACAUGGAGCUGGUGCUGAAACUUCGCUGUGAUGUCCCUUCUACGAGUCAUGCCGUCAAUGUGAUGGUCAGAGUUCCCGUUCCAAAAGCAACAACCAGCGUGUCACAACAGCUGAGUGGCCCAGGUCAAAGUGUAGAGUUCAAGGCACAGGAGCACCUGGUGGUCUGGAGCAUCAAGAAGUUCCCAGGUGCCACAGAGCUCACAGCCAGAUUUAAGCUGGCAGUUGCAAACAGAACUCCAUCCUCCAGGUUGGAGUUAGGUCCAGUCAGCCUCAACUUUGAGCUGCCCAUGUACAUCUGCUCCCGCCUGCAGAUUCGGUUCUUGAGAUUGUUUGACCAUGAACAGUCCUACGUUCCUUAUCGAUGGGUGCGCUACGUCACUCAUUCAGACUCGUAUGUAAUAAGAAUAUGAAAAGAUUCUGAGCUACUGUAAUUUACUUGUUCAAACUUUCACUGGCUGAGAAAAUUUAACUUGUUCUUCGGAACUAAAUGUUCAUGGUGAACAAAUUAUUUAUCAUCACCAAGAUAAACUACUUGUUAUCGGUAAUGCUAAGUUCAUGUUACGGUGAAAACUGACGUACAUUGAACAAAUCAGGAAUUACAGUAUCAUGGCUGAGAAAUGCUUCAGUCAAAAGUCAAAACUUCCCCCAGUUGUUGCAGUAGGCACUUCACAACGUCAAUGAUUUCGUAUUGUCAUAAGUAUGGUUUAAUGCUGACUUGGGUAAUUUUCUCAGGGACAUUUUGCCAUGAGUUUGAGGAUAUUUUUGAUGAUCAUAUUGCCUAGUCCACAGUCAUAUGUCCAACGGUACAAGAAUGAAGUCUACU